CAAAAAACGCACCAUGCCUUAUGAACGAAUAAAACGGGAGUACCCUCUGCACUUUUGCGUCUGGUUUAACGAUUAUAAGGAACUUGACAGAUGCUUACAGACAUCAGAGUAUGAUAUUGAACUUCGGGAUCCCCGUGGAAGAACUCCUCUAAUGCUUGCUGUCACUUUAAACCAUUUAGAAUCUGCUCGAGUGCUUCUCCGGCAUGGUGCUGAUGUCAUUAUUGAAAAUAAGCAAGGCUAUACAGUUGUUCAUGAAGCUGUGAGCACUGAAAAUGCUCAGCUUUUACAAGAAGUUUUAGAGAAAAGAGAUUUUCAACGUUAUAGCACUCGAGCAAUAGGAAUUCCUGACCUACUUUCCAAAAUACAAGGAGUGAGUAUCAAACUCAAUGCUGCUAAAUUUAUACAUUUUUUAUCACCAAAAACAUUAAUGCUUUUAAAUUUUCAGUAGUUUUCUUUUAAAAAUGUUUUUUGAAACUUCUUGAGUUUUUUACAUAAUUUUAAAGUGUACAAUCAGAAUAAAAAAACCUUUUCUCUCCCAAUCUUCUAUUUUCUGAGUGUUAAACUUCUCAUUUCAGAGUUCUAAAAGUUACAGGUGCGCUAUUGCAAACUCUUGUAAUCUAUUGGCAGGAGAAGAAAUUUGCAUGUUAGUUGACCUUAAAAUGUUGUAGACAAAGCAAAAAAAAAAAAAAAAAAAUUCUGAAAUUCGACUUGAUGUUUGACAUAUGUCUUUUAAAAGAGGAAAACCAAAUUUGAAAAAAAAAAAAAAAAAAAAAAAAGAGGCUUUUAGAGGUAAAAAAAGUACCAGCUGAAAAGCAAAAAUCCCAAAUGAUGAAAGAGAAAUUCAACAAUAGAAAGCAAAGGCAUUGGUAGCCAAAAAAGCCCAGGUUCUUGCAAUGCUGCUUCAAGGUAUCCAGCCUGCUGCAGAUAAAUUACUUAAGGGAGGAAACCAGUUUAGGAGUCCUAAUUCGUGAGUUUUUUUAACAGGGAAGAAAUAAUCAGAAUUUCUUUAAACUUGGAAGACAGUUUAUUUAUCUCUUGAAGCACACCUUGUAAUUUGUUGAAGUAAUUUCCACCAGAAUUAGUGGAGUUAGAAGCUGCUGUCCAUGUGCCAUCGCCAUCAAAGCUGUUACUGGUGGGCAUUACCAAAGCCACUUGUAACGGCAUAUUUCCUAAAAAUAUAAACCUAAUUAUGGUUAAAAAAAGUUGAAAAAUACAC